CAACAUACAAAUCGUUAAUAAGUGUUGUUUAUUCUGCGUUUUAUGAUAAAGCAAUUUUUAUUUGGAAAAAAAAAAACCAACAAUCUUUCCCUCGUCGAAAAAAUAGAACAGUCGACAGUUUCAUUGAAUUCACCUAUGCACGUGCACGAGUUGGGUCAGCCCACAUGUGUCGAGAGAAGUCACGUGACUAUCACUGGAAUUUCUCGUGCGGUACACCGCGUGGUCAUAUUCGCAAAUGCAGUGGACUGUCAUGGACCCAAGCGAAGAUUUAGUUUUGAGUCAAGCGCUGGAUUCAUCUGAGAGUCUGCAACAUUUACAUGAUGCAGAUGACUUAUUGUUAAGCCAAGCACUUGACGAAGUCUGCAAAGACGGUGAAGAUGAUGUUUUUCAUUUUCGAUUCAAAAAACCUUUAACGGAGUCUGAACUGAAUGAAAAGUUGGAUACACGUAUUUCGAAGUCCACGAGGUACAAGUAUGAUUGGGUUCUAACCGUAUUUAAAAGAUGGCAGGAUGAACGUAGUAACAGGUCCAUUACAGACAAUUUAUAAAUUCCACGGGAGUGCCUGACUGGAGACAUCGUCACAAUGACUCCAAAGAAUUUAAAUAUUGCUUUGAAAUAUUUUAUCUUCGAAGUUAACAAACAAGAUGGAUCGGACUAUCCUGCAGUUACUUUGUAUGGUUUGUUCGGGACUAUACAAUCUUAUUUGAAAUGUCGAAAUUCUGAUUCCAACCUGUUUGAAGACGCCGCUUUUAAAGAAGCUAGAGCGGCCCUGGAUGCGGUGAUGAAGGAGCGGUCGGCGGCAGGACUGGGUGCGUCAACAAGAAAAAGAACAGAAGUUAUAAGCGAAAGUGAAGAAAACAUGCUUUGGGAUAAGGGUCUUCUAGGAGAUAACACCCCCCAACAACUGCUGGACACGAUCCUUUACUUGACAGGACUGCACUUUUCACUCCGAGGGGGAAGCGAGCAUCGCCAAUUACGUCUUUUAAAGAAUCCCCAGAUAAGUGGACCCUUUGUGGACACAUGUGGUCGGUCGUAUUUGCUAUACAAGGAGGAUGCAUCAAAAAGCAACCAGGGAGGUAUAAAGCACCGGAAAGUACUACCCAAGGAGGUUCGAGCCUAUGACAACCCAUCGAAUCCAUCAAGAUGCUACGUUAGACUGUUUACCAAAUACAAGAAAUACUGUCAGACUGUUGCACAGAAAUGUAACGCAUUUUACUUCACUCCACUGAAAAAUGUGAAAAAAGAUGCAUGGUUUUCAUCCAUUCCCGUGGGUCACAACACACUGCAGGCGACAGUAAAGAGACUUUGUGAAGCAGCAGGGAUAACUGGAAGGAAGACCAACCACUCGUUGAGGGCCACAUCAGCAACACGGCUGUUUCAGGCGAACAUCGAUGAACAACUCAUUUGUGAACAAACUGGUCAUCGCAGUGAUGCUGUUCGCACAUAUAAACGUCCUUCAGACCGACAAAAGGCAGAGGUGUCUGACUUUUUGUAUGUUGACACAAAGAACAUGCAUACGGUCCUGCAGCCAAAGUCGGCCUCACAGAUCCGUGCACAGGUCCCACCGGCAGCUACAGAGACAAAUCCACAAGUUCCACCGGCAGCUACAAAGACACCUCCACGGGUCCCACCGGCAGCUACAUACAAAAAUCCGCAAGUUCCACCGGCAGUUACAAAGACACCUCCACAGGUCCCACCGGCAGCUACAGACACAAAUCCACAAGUUCCACCGGCAGUUACAAAGACACCUCCACAGGUCCCACCGGCAGCUACAGAGAUAGUUCCACAUGUCACACCGGCAUCUACAGAGACAACUCCACAGGCACAUGGUUCUACAAAGGAUCAUUCUGACACAGAAUCCAAACAUUAUACUGUCAUUUUUAAUUUCCAUUAAAAUAAAUAGUUAAAACGUG